AUGUUCCUCCUGGGUGUCAAAGCAAAGCCCACAGAUCUGAUCAUCAUCCACCUGACCGUGGUCCAUAUCAUGAUGCUACUCCCCCGGGGAAUCAUCAGAGCAGCUGAGCUGUCAGGGCUGCGGCUCAUCCACAGCGACGUCGGGUGUGCGAUUCUCUCCUAUCUGAGCCGUGUUGGCCGUGGCCUCUCCAUCUGCAUCACCUGCUUGCUGAGCUUGGUUCAGGCUAUCACUGUCAGUCCCAGCAACUCCCACCUAUUCCAGCUCAAAGUCAGCAUCCCAAAAUUCGUCUUCCCUGUGUCAGUCAUCUUGUGGCUCCUCAAUCUGCUGAUAAGCACCAACCUUCUCUUCCAGUUAGUCAUUUCCCACAAUGUUACCAGCAAUCCUGCCCAUUGUUUGAUGGUGCCCAUCAAUGCUUUCCUCCAGGGACUGAUUCUCAGCCUCAUGACGCUUCGGGAUGUCCUUUCUCUGGAGCUUAUGAGCUGCUCCAGUGGUCACAUGGUCCUUCUCCUCCUCCAACAUCACCGCCAAGUCCAACAUCUCCACGGCUUCCACCUCUCCUCUGAAAACUCCCCAGAGAGACGAGCCACCCAAACUAUCACGGUGCUGGUUACCUGCUUUGUGUCCUUUUACUUUGGAGAUUUCAUCCUCUCCGUGUUUCUAGGGACAACCGUGAAGAAUGAUGCCUCCCUUUCUAAUGCUAACAUGUUUGUGGUCAGUGGCUAUGCCACUGUCAGCCCUUUUGUGCUGCUCACCUGUGACACAAGAAUCAUCAAGUUCCUACGGUCCGUUUUUCAGGAACCUUUGUGA